AUGAAGCGUAUCGAAGAAGAGAUGCAGAAAUUAUUUUCUCUCUCUGACUCGGUCAUUCAAAUACGGGAUCAAAUUGCGACCCAGAUAAACAGCACGAUAAAUAUCGGUAUGGAACAGUUGAGAUCAAAUGUAAAGGAGUCUCUUGAAAAAUUAUUAUGUGAGAAAUUUGAAAAAUUGAAUCAUUCGGUUUUGCAAUUAAAUACGAAUCAGAAUAUAGCUGCUAUUAAUAAUGCUCGCGCGCGGAUUGGGACGAUUCCUUCUGAAUCGGACCAAAUCGGCAAAAAGCGUAGAAUCGAAUACGAAAAUAAUGACGAUGUUUUUGACGACGGUGCAACUUUUGCGCAAGUUGUUAAAAGUCGCGGUAAAAACAAUAAAUCUAACUCAAGUAACAAAAGUAAUACUAAUAUCGGAUUUAAACCGGUUAAACCUAAGACUCGUCCGGUUAUUGUGAUUAAACCGAAAGAGUCCAAACAACCUUGCGAGGAAACUCGGAAGUUUUUAAAAACUAACUUAGAUCCUAAAACACACAAAGUUAGUAAUUUCAGGAACGGUAAAGAUGGUUCCAUUAUUGUCGAAUGCGCCGUUGGCGAAAAUAUUGAUUUAGUGAAAAAUGGCAUUCAAAGCAAUCUGGGUGAAAAAUACAGUGCUGUUGUUCCCACGUCGGUGCCUAGAUUGAAAGUAGUGGGCAUGAGUGAGAAUCUUUCUCCUGAUGUUUUCAUUGACUAUUUAAAGAGUCAAAAUGAUUGCAUCACAAUCAAUGAGUUACGAAUUCUGAUAUGAAAAUAACCG